AUUGCUAUCAGUGUUGGCCAGUUUAACCUUCAUGUUUUGCAAUAUGAUAAAGCUUAUAUUCUCCCUUCUUGUAUAUGUUUUAACAUUGUUUUGCCUACGGUAGGUAAGGAUAAAUCAGUUGUCUUGUGGAGCAUACAUGAUCAUAUCUCGUCUCUAUCAGAGUCAUUGUCAAAGUCGCCUGUCUCAUCAACUCCAAAUUCAAGUGGUAAGCAGCCCACUAAAGCUGGUAAUGUGAAAAGCUCAGGCAGCCCAACUGUUGGGCCAAGAGGUGUGUACCAAGGGCAUGAAGAUACUGUUGAAGAUGUGCAGUUCUGUCCAUCCAGUGCACAGGAAUUUUGUAGCGUAGGUGAUGAUCCUUGCCAUAUUCUUUGGGAUGCCUUCGUUGGUACCAGUCCAGCUGUCAAGGUCGAGAAAGCUCAUAAUGCUGACCUUCACUGUGUGGAUUGGAACCCCCUUGAUCAGAAUCUUAUUUUGAUUGGUGGUCUCCUGACAGAGCAUCAGUUUUUGGAAGUGCUGCUGAGGAUGGCUUCCUCAAUAUAUGGGAUCAUGAAAAGGUUGGUAAGAAGAAAGAAAGUGCUGGAACUAGGAUGCCUAAUUCACCCCCCUGGUUUAUUCUUUCAACAUGCAAGGGCAUAGGUGUCAUAACUUCCUCUUUAUUCUAAUAAAGUUAGAUUC